AUGUCAGGAAACCCUGCACGAUUCCGACAGGGUAGGGAGACCCAGAACGCAUCAACUCGACGCGAGCGGGCCUCACAGUUGGUAUCAACACGGGGACGACAACGAGUACCUGCCCAGACGGAUGAGGCUGGUUCCUCAUCUGGAUCGAGGAGUCGGCUGACUCGGGUGUCUUCUUCCCAUCAAAAGGAGGUACGGGAGGAUGAGGAGGAGGUACCUUACGAGGAGGAGAUACCUGAUGCUGAUCCUCCGUACAGGGAGGAGGAGGAGGAGGACAACGACUUCCCGGGAGGGCCUAGUGACACUUCCUUGUUGAUUUUCUACCACGACCACGUCGCUCGACGUGUCUAG